AGACGUCUUCAUCCGAGUGGGAGAAGUGAACUUUGCGGAAGAAAAUGUGCAGAAUAUUAGCAAUAGUGUCGCUCAUUGUGAUGUUCUCAGUGCUGCCGCUUCGAGCGCACAUAGAAUACGAGAGUCUCAUCUACAUGACCUGCAAGUUCAGUUCACAGAAAGCCGUCCGCAGCACGGACGAGUGUCCGUUUGGCGCGAAAGUGAACUACUGCGGGAAGCUGGUGUGUCUCAAGGGGCGAGGAGAGAUCUGCGGGGAGAGCUAUUACGAUAUCAUAAGGCACGGCGAGUGCUCCAGUGGAUUAAUAUGCUGUGGAAAAUGUGUGGGGUGUGAUAACGAGAGCUGUGACCAGUCGCUGUGUAGGCCCAAGAAGCAUCAGUACACCAAACGAAGAGAUUCAUCCAAGAGAAAUCCGCAAAAGAACGAGCCGAAGGAGUCUAAAGAGCGGCCGAAGAAUCCCUGGGUUCAGAUACUCUAUAAAAUCAAUAAUUUGUAAUCAUUUGUAAUGGAGAGGAGCUAGAAUUUCCAAUUUUUAGGACCGACGGUUUUAUGACUUUGCAAUUACACUUUCAUUGAUC